CUGAAUCCACCAGUCUUUUCACACAGUUCAAAUGCUACAUUUAAAAAUUCUAUUUAGGGGGAAUUUUUGAUUAAAAAGCUUUACUGCUACUGCUUAUUGAUUAUUAGUUAGACGCAAGUCCAAGUCUUAGAAUAUUUACCCAGAAAUGAAAAGGAAAAGGUGUGGAUUCCCCCUCCUUAAUUCAAUUGUAAUUGGCUCAAGUAUGACUUGACAGAAAAAUCGAAAUUUAUACUCAUUCACUGUUUGAGCCUUCGGCACUGCAGAUGACAUGAGGUGGCAAGUUUAAACCUGUUGAGGAUGUAUUCACCAAUCUUUAUUGCAGAAACCGAGAUCAGAACCAUCUAAAAUAAACUUUACUUAUUAGUGCGGACCUCCAACACGCGCCCGCAAAUUUAAAAGGCGCGCCUGCUCUCGCGUUAAAGUCAACAACCAAUGAGAAGUUCAUAUUUUUAGGCGCCUUUUAACAUUAACCUCUGAUUGGCUACAAUCGGUUUGUUUUGAUCGCAAAUAACCUCACUUCCUCUUAUCACAAUUCAGUAUUCAAUCACAUAUUCACAGCGAUUUCCGAUUUUACAUUUUCAACAGGAAUUAUUUAGCUAGCCUCGUAUUAAUUUUUAAUUGUAUUGGAAUGAUUUAUCGAAACCCGUUAAUUAUUUCUUGUGGAAUCAAUGUCUCUCCAAUCUCUGUGUAAAGAUUAAAUGAUAACCACCAUGUGAUUCAGUGAUCCUUGACACUGAGAAACUUCAAGGUUUUCUGUUGAAAUCCUUAUACAUAUUUUAUCAGUAAUUCUUCCGCCUUUUUUAAUUGUGUAGGUUCAUUAAUAAAUCUUAUGACUCAAAUAAUCCUUUCAGUUUUUUACUUGGUCUGCCAAUGCGCCAUAGGUACUCACAAUCAGUAUAGGUAGUAGUCUGUAGUAUUGUGAAACGCAUCUGUAAUUUUCGUUUUUAUCUAGGUAGAUUUUGGUUUUGAUGUUUAAUUGUGACAAACCAUUAAGUUAUGUUGAGCAGAUACAGAAAGUUAAACUUUCUCACCCAUCAUAUGAGGCACUAUUCAAUAUCCAACAACUUGAAGGAGCACAAGUUUCUCACGAAUAAUAAGGCACCAGUACCAGUAUUUCGCUUCAUAACAUCCAGCUCAAUCUCGAUUCCUGUACCUUGGGGCUCUGUCGAAGGUAAAACGUGGGGAAAUAACAGUAACGCUCCAGUUUUAGUUGUACAUGGCCGACUUGACAACUGCGGAACAUUCGAUCCGUUGAUCCCUUUGCUACCACAAGAAUACUUCUAUGUGUGUAUCGAUUUCCCUGGUCAUGGGAAGUCAUCGCCAUUUCCCGUAGGAACACCUUUGAAAUUCUUCGACUUCGUUUUAACAAUGAAAAGAGUGGUCGACUACUUUAAUUGGAAGGAAGUAACAUGUCUAGGUCAUAGUUUUGGGGUGCAGACCAGUCUUUACCUUGCAGCAAUUUAUCCUGAAUUGGUGACAAAAAUAAUAGCUUUGGAAAUAGGGCUAGGUGGUGUAGAGACGAGUCAGCUUACCCUUCGGUAUCGGGAGAGAUUUGAUCAGUUAUUAAGCCUAGAGAAGAAACUUGCCAACAGGAGUCCUCCGUCUUAUUCUUAUGCAGAGGCAGCUAAUCGAGUGAAGAAAAAUAGAUGGAUGUCCGAGUUAACGGAUGAAGCUUGUAGUGUAUUAAUAAAGAGGUCUCUUGUUCCCAAUGGUAAUGGUUUUUAUUUCAGCACCGAUCAGCGGUUUAGACUUGGUGUGGGGCCAGAUUUGACCGGUGAACAGCAGAUUUCAAUAUUCAAGCAAGUCAAGUGUCCAGUUUUACUUAUCCUGGGUGAUAUAACUGAGAGAGAGUUUUGGGCGAAAGCCGAUAUUGUUAAAGAGAUUUACAAUUAUUUUAAAACUGAAGCACUAAAUAUAUCGAUGGUAACAGUGAGUGGUAACCAUGAUGUCCAUUUGAACCACCCUGAAAGGGUUUCGCCUCAUAUUAGGUCAUUUUUGUUAAGUAAUCCCAGCAUUCGUUGAUCCAGAAUAUUUUCCAUUGUACUUUUCUAGUGCAAGAUUAAUGAAAACUUAGUCUGUUGGUAACGCUGCAAGGUGUACUAACUACUGUGGAUUAAGAAAGUUUGAGCAAAAUUUUCUUUUAAACCCAUUUACAUCUUUUUCAAAACUGGAGCAUUGGAGUGGCAAUCGAGGUGUUCAUUUCCAUCACUCUGAAAGGGUCUCAUAAUAUUUAAGGUUGUUUAAGUCUGACGACCAGAACAAGCUGUGAACAUGAGCGUGACCAUUAAUUUUAAACAAAUUCGGAAAUGCAUUGUAUCAGAAAUGUUGUUUGCUAAAGCUUAGUCGUUUUCAAAUAUGUAUCAUGGAAAUUUGCCUUGGCAUGGUAAUAAAUACUAUGUAAGCAAGUUUGGGCAAUAUGCUAACCAAUAUUUGAAUAUAACAAAAUUGAAGCGUUAAUCAUAAUGUUCAUUUGAACCACCCUCAAAGGGUUUGCUGUAUAGUAGUAAGAUUAUUUCUGGUCACUGACCAGACCAAACCCGUUGAUAACUCAAACAUUUUUAGGAGUACAUUCCACUGAAAAUUUUGCUUGUUAAGGACAGUUGCUUUCACAUAAUAAUGAAAAUCUAACAGUUAAGGUAUCUACAUGCGUGUGUUACAUGCAGAAUCAAGAAUGAACAUAGAAAACGAGCAGUGUUUCUUUUUUUUUUUUUUUUUUUUUUUUUUUUUUUUUUUUGAGAAUACAGGAUGGAUUCAUUGUAACGGAGAAUGUAAAAAGAUACCGGCAACUUACCACCUUAAGUUAACGAACAAGAUUUUUCGAUAAAUGUCAAUCAUAGUAGUCCUUUCCAAUCAAUCUUCUAUUGUACAGUUUUUUAGACUUUAGGCAGAUUGAUUUAAGUCAUUUCAACUCAGAUUUUUCAGUUUGAAUCAUUUUUACUUCUAAGUCAAUUGUUUGCCUGUUCUAAACAGGCUGGUUCAGGCGCGUGCUGCGAAGAGUAUAGAGGCAAGAACAAUACACAACAAGGGUUUUUCCAUGUCAGUAUUACAUUACUGAAGUAUCUAGAUUAGCUUUAAGAUAUUAUGAUAGAUUUUUUUCGCUCCAAGUGAAUGAUGAUUUGUAAAAAAUUUUCCGAAUGUAAUGUAAUGAAAUGAUUAGGCUGUUUUCAAGUGUCCUUCGUUUUCAUAAUUUUUUAUGAAAUAUAUUUUUUUACUUGUUGAUUACAA